AUGGCAGAAACAUUAGGAGUUGAACAUUCAAAGGCACGCCAGUUUCGUGCGUAUAAUAUUCUCGUCAUUCUAUUGAUGUCACUCGGGUCUAUCGGAUACGGAUACAACGCGAGCAUUAUUGCAACAACUUUGGCACAACCGACGUUUAUAUCUUACUUCGAGCUCGACACACGCCCAGAUGGCACAAGUCUUAUCGCGACCACGAAUGGUCUCUAUCAAGCUGGUGGCUUUCUUGCAGUCUUUUCCGUCUCCUGGUUUGCGGAUAGAUGGGGCAGACGAUUUGCCAUUGGCAUCUCAGCGUUCAUAAACCUGAUCUCUGGAAUUGGCCUCACAGCUAGUGUGCAUAUCGGCAUGUUCAUCUUCUUCCGAUUUUUGGCUGGUGCUGGAGCCUUCAUGAUAGUGGCUGCAGUACCAAUAUGGAUGAAUGAAGUCGUACCACCCAAUGUGAGGGGAAUAAUGGUGGAUUGCCACUGCGUGGGGCUUCUGGUAGGGUACACAUCUGCAACGGUUGUUGGAUAUGGAUUUUUCCAUCUCUCCGCGGACAAGACUGGAGCCUGGAGAGGUCCACUAUCUUUCCAGUGCUUACCAGUUCUCUUGUUGUUACUUGGGAUCUACUGGAUGCCAGAGUCUCCCAGGUGGCUUUUGGGUCAGGAUCGAGUGGAAGAGGCGGAAAAAGUUCUUCACAAGCUUCACGGGCCAGAGGAAGCCAGAAUCGAACUUCAGCAAAUUCGCGCGGCUCUCAAUGCCGACCGCCAUCUCGAGAGUUCCUGGUGGUCUAUGUUUGCUAAGAAAAGUUACCGCAAACGAUCAUUCCUUGCAAUGGGCAUGGCAGCUUCAAUUCAGACGAGCGGAAUACUGGUCGUAAACAACUAUGGCCCUACAAUUUACCGGUCGCUCGGGUUCGAUACUAAUAAGCAAUUGAUCUAUCAGAUUGGAUGGUGCUGUACCGCUCUUGGAACUGGAAUCAUGUCAUUUUUCAUCAUCGAUCGCUUCAAGAGACCAACAUUACUGUCUCUUGGGGUAGGGGGGUGUGCUUCAUGCCUCGUCAUCUUGUGCGCACUAGUCGGAAAGUAUGCAAGCUCACCAGAAAUGUUGGAGACUCCGAAUACUGCGGCAUUGAGUGCCGCAGUAGUUAUGAUCUAUCUCUUGACCGCAUUCUAUCAGUUAGGCCUAGAUGGAGUCCAAUUUGCCUAUCUGGGUGAGCUUUUCCCCUACCAGAUCCGUGCCAAAGGUAUGGUGUUAGGGAUUGCUACAAUUUGCGGGAUGAAUAUUAUGUGGCUUCAGACAGCGCCCGUUGCUUUCGAGCAAAUUGGUUGGAAGUUCUACAUCUGCUUCUUUGUGCCUGGCUUGAUUGCGGCGACAAUUAUUUGGUUCUAUUUUCCAGAUACUUUGGGUAUACCCUUGGAGGAGAUUGCUAGGCUCUUUGGAGAUCAUGAUGAAUUUUUCAAUCCGGAGGCACCUGCAGAAGAGCAGCUCAACGAAAUCGAAGAAAAGCGCAAAGGGGAUGCCAGUGACCAUGUCGAAGUGUCUUCGGUGUGA